AUGUACGAGGCAAAAAAGACAUUGUCCACUUUGGGGAUGAGUUAUGAGAAAAUCCACGCAUGUCCCAAUGACUGCAUCUUGUAUAGGAAGGAUUAUAAAGAUUCAACUAAUUGUCCUACUUGUGGUAUCUCAUGGUGGAAGGAAGGCAAAGAUUCAAUCUUGAAAGCGGGUGUGCUAGCGAAGGUGGUGUGGUAUUUUCCUCCAAUUCCAAGGUUUAAAAGGAUAUUUCAAUCACAUAAGACAGCUAAGAGUUUGACUUGUCAUGCUGCUAGAAAAUCAGUUGACGGUCAUUAG